AUGGAAUAUUCUCACAUUGAAAUUUGUUUAAAAUUUGAAAAUCCUGGGAAUUAUUUUAUUAUCAUUUUCAAUCAUUUUAAUGUUGGAUGGCUUCAAUUUUACGUUCAAAUUAGAAAAGAAAACGAGGAAAGAUGUGUAUUCAAGAUGUUCAAGAAAAUUUCAGAGUUGGAGAAAGAAGUAUUGAAAAGUUUGAGGCAACGUAUAACAAUUUAUAUAUCAAAAUCAGAGGUAAACGAUAUUGAAGAUGGGCAAAUGAAUGUAUAUUAUAAUGAAAGUUUGGAAUUUAUUUACGAAAAAAAAUAUAAGAAUUUGGCUUUCGUUGCCAUGAUUGAACCGGUGAUAGAUGGAAGCUAUGAAUUUUAAUUGGAGAGGAGGGAAGAAUAAUAGAAUUUUUUGAGAAUUAUUGAGAGAAUAUUUAAAUUUAUUAAAAAAGAAAGUCAUUAAAAAUGAAAAACCUUUUCAUAAAUAUUUUUUAUCAUAAAUUAAAAUUUAAACCCUAUAGUACAGGAAAUAUUUUUUAUUCUAAACGGUGAAAAUAGUGGUGCUCGGAAAUAAAAAAUUACUAAGAUUCGAGAACUGAGAUCGAGAGAGAAUUUGGCCCGAGACCGAGACGGUAGAUCAAAACCUGA